CGCUAGCUACCAGCCUACCACCAGGCACGCGCCAUAUAUACGGCCCCCCCGCGGCGCCGCGCCCCGGCAACAGGAGAGAACUCUGCCGCGCUAGCUGCUCGCUCGCUCCACCCGAUCGAGCGAGCACUCGUCACCCGUCAAUCCCGACACGCGACGCGGCGAAGCCAUGGGGAGGUCGCCGUGCUGCGAGAAGGCGCACACGAACAAGGGCGCGUGGACCAAGGAGGAGGACGAGCGGCUGGUGGCGUACAUCCGGGCACACGGGGAAGGGUGCUGGCGCUCGCUGCCCAAGGCCGCGGGGCUGCUGCGCUGCGGCAAGAGCUGCAGGCUGCGCUGGAUGAACUACCUCCGGCCGGACCUCAAGCGCGGCAACUUCACCGACGAGGAGGACGAGCUCAUCAUCCGACUGCACGCACUCCUCGGCAACAAGUGGUCUCUGAUCGCCGGGCAGCUGCCGGGCCGCACCGACAACGAGAUCAAGAACUACUGGAACACGCACAUCAAGCGCAAGCUCCUCGCCCGCGGCAUCGACCCGCAGACGCACCGCCCGCUCGGAGCCGGCGGCGCCGGCGCCGACGCCGCGGCGGCUACCGGCAUCGCGGCGCACCGGGCGGCGGCGCUGCUGCACCCCGCAGCCGCCGCCCCGGCUUCUCCCGUCGCGCUCGCCGUGAUCAAACCGGCGCCGGCGGAGUCGUCGGACGACGGCGGGCGCAGCAGCAGCAGUAGCGGUGGCGCGAGCACGGGGGAGCCACGGUGCCCCGACCUGAACCUCGACCUGUCCGUCGGCCUGCCGGCGGCCGACACGCCCACCUCGCAGCCGCAGCCGGUGGUGUGCCUCUGCUACCGCCUGGGCCUCCGCGCCGGCGAGGCCUGCGGCUGCCAGGCUGACAAGCCGGGCCCGCAGGGGUUCAGAUAUUUCAGGCCGUUGGAGCAGGGCCAGUACAUAUGAAUCACCCAGAGAGAGGACUGAUGGAGGAGUCGCUGUGUUUAGAUAGCUUCAUCGCGGCAAUUUGUAAGACAGGCAGUUUUCUGAGUAACGGACAGCACUGUUCAAGGGAGGGAAAUGAAAAAGGAGGUUAAAACAACGCUGAUCGUCU